ACCCUCCAGGGGGUAUAUAAGGAGCCUCAGGACUGGGGGGGUGACAGGCAUAGCACUCCGGUUUCAGGGCAGCCUGUGCCUUCCACCAGCAUCCUCUGUGCUUGCUGAGAGCUCACCAGCUGCUGCCUGGCCAUGAGCACCACGUUUCUGCAGACUUCUUCCUCCACCUUUGGAGGUGGCUCUACCCGGGGGGGUGCCCUCCGGGUUGGAGGAGGUGGCUUUGGUGGGGGGAGUCUCUAUGGGGGAGGUGGAAGCCGAAGUAUCACAGCUUCUUCUGCAAGGUUUGUCUCCUCGGGGUCAGGAGGGGGCUACGGGGGUGGCAUGAGCUGCGGCUUUGGUGGAGGGGCUGGUAGUGGCUAUGGUGGAGGUUUUGCAGGUGGUCUUGGAAGUAGCUUUGGUGGGGGUUUUGGUGGUGGCUUCGGUGGUGGUGAUGGCGGCCUCCUCUCUGGCAAUGAGAAGAUCACCAUGCAGAACCUCAACGACCGCCUGGCCUCCUACCUGGACAAGGUGAGGGCCCUGGAGGAGGCCAACACCGACCUGGAGGUGAAGAUCCGAGACUGGUACCAGAGGCAGAGCCCGGCCAGCCCGGAGCGCGACUACAGCCACUACUUUAAGACCAUCGAGGAGCUCCGGGACAAGAUCCUGGCAGCCACCAUUGACAACUCCCGGGUCAUCCUGGAGAUUGACAACGCCAGGUUGGCUGCGGAUGACUUCAGACUCAAGUAUGAAAACGAGCUGGCCCUGCGCCAGAGCGUGGACGCUGACAUCAAUGGUCUGCGCAGGGUGCUGGACGAGCUGACCCUGGCCAAGGCUGACCUGGAGAUGCAGAUCGAGAGCCUGAAUGAGGAGCUGGCCUACCUGAGGAAGAACCAUGAGGAGGAGAUGAAGGAGUUCGGCAGCCAGCUGGCUGGCCAGGUCAACGUGGAGAUGGACGCAGCCCCGGGCGUGGACCUGACCCGCGUGCUGGCGGAGAUGAGGGAGCAGUACGAGGCCAUAGCUGAGAAGAACCGCCGAGAUGCUGAGGCCUGGUUCUUCAGCAAGACCGAGGAGCUGAACAAGGAGGUGGCCUCCAACACAGAGAUGAUCCAGACCACCAAGACAGAGAUCACAGACCUGAGACGCACCAUGCAGGGGCUGGAGAUCGAGCUGCAGUCCCAGCUCAGCAUGAAAGCCGGGCUGGAGAGCUCGCUGGCGGAGACAGAGUGCCGCUACGCCACGCAGCUGCAGCAGAUCCAGGGGCUGGUCAGCGGCCUGGAGGCCCAGCUGGGUGAGCUCCGCUGCGAGAUGGAGGCUCAGAACCAGGAGUACAAGAUCCUGCUGGACAUCAAGACACGGCUGGAGCAGGAGAUCACCACCUACCGGAACCUGCUGGAGGGCCAGGAUGCCAGGAUGCCUGGCGUUGGCACCAGAGAAGGUAAGAAGUGGGGAGGGGUGGUAAAAGCCACCCUUCCCCUUGGAAUGGGGAGGCCAAUUAUUUCAGUAGGGUGGGACACACCCAUUCCAGUUGACACCUCUUCCACUCUGGGACCCUCUAUCAGCCCCCAGUAGAGUUGGGGUUGAAGAUUUAUGGAGUCCCUUCCAGGUUGAGCAGGCUCUGUCUAGGGCAUAGCCCCUCAGGCCCCACCUUCAUGCACUUAUGCUAAGAUGCCUAGGAUGACUCCCUGUUCACGUGCAGUUAAAAACCCUGACAUUGUUGCUCACUGCGGGGCAUACCAGCCGCGGCCACCACCCUCCCCUGCGAUGAGUGAUUCAAUACCAGCCCUCUGGCAGCUCUGGAAGGAUCAAGGGUGCUGUCCGGUUCUCCCGGAGCUCAGCCAAGGUCCUGCCCCCUUGA